GGAGUGGAGGAGGUUCCUUUGAAAAAUGGCUCUGCUCUGCGAAGAGGCAAUGCAGUAGAUGUGCUGCUUAGUCAUGGCAUCAGAACUGUGUAAAACAAUCUCUGAGGCAAAGCUGGAGAGGCACAAGAACUUGUUCUUGAAUUACAGAAAUCUCCAUCACUUCCCUCUGGAGUUACUGAAAGAUGAGGGGCUGCAGUACCUGGAGAGACUUUACAUGAAAAGAAAUUCCCUGACCACAUUGCCAGAAAACCUUGCACAGAAGCUCCCAAACCUCGUGGAAUUGUACCUUCAUUCAAAUAACAUAGUUGUUGUACCUGAAGCCAUUGGCUCCCUGGUUAAGCUGCAGUUUCUGGACCUGAGUGACAAUGCCCUGGAGAUCGUGUGCCCGGAGAUCGGCCGCCUGCGCUCCCUGCGGCACCUGCGCCUGGCAAACAACCAGCUGAAGUAUUUACCUGCAGAGGUCGGAGACCUGCGGGAGCUGCAGACCUUGGACAUCUCCACCAACCGCCUGAUGACGUUACCCGAGAGGCUGCACAUGUGCCUUUCCCUGCAGUACCUGACUGCAGACAGGAACCACCUGUGGUCUGUGCCCCGCCACCUGUGCCAGCUGCCCAGCCUCAACGAGCUCUCCAUGGCUGGCAACCGCCUGGCCUUCCUGCCCCUCGAUUUAGGUCGUUCUCGAGAGCUCCAGUAUGUUUAUGUGGAUAACAACAUUCACCUGAAAGGCCUCCCAUCUUAUCUGUAUAAUAAAGUCAUUGGUUGCAGUGGUUGUGGUUCUCCAAUUCAAGUUUCAGAGGUGAAACUGCUCUCUUUUUCAUCAGGCCAGUUAACUGUGUUCCUGCCAGCAGAGGUGAAAUCUAUAGGGACAGAAACAGAUCAUGUCCUGCCUUUGCAAGAACUGGCCAUGAGGACCCUCUAUAACACCUACUACAGGUUUUUGAAAGAUUUAAACUUUCUGACUCCAAUCUCACUACCCAAAAGCCUCUUGGAAUUGCUGCACUGUCCCUUGGGACACUGCCACCGCUGCAGCCAGCCUAUGUUUACCAUUGUCUACCCAAAGCUCUUUCCCUUGAGGGAAACUCCAAUGGCAGGAUUGCAUCAAGGGAGGACAACUGUUAGUUUUGUGGCAUACUGCUGCUCCACCCAGUGUCUGCAGACUUUUGACCUACUGAGUUGAUAAACAUUUCAACCUCCUCAGGAGUGGUGCCAGUGUAAAGCUGCGUUCGAUGCCGUGUCCCUGUGGUACUGGAAUACCGUGUGUGCUUGUGCCAAAGCAGCAGAAGUGCCCAGUCAGGAACACUCUGAGGCACUUAAAUCCUGCCCUAUCAAAUCUGGAUGAACUGCAGGAACUUUUCAGAAGUGUAAAUACCGAGCUUUUAAAAGUAUUAAUUUCUUUCUCCUCCAAGGCAGCACACAAACCAAACACAUUCACAGGCUCUGACUUCAGGAUUUCCAGUAUUUUUCAAAUGUGCCUGAUUUCAGGUUGACCCAUUGCAUCAUUUGAGGCAGUUGCAUUCCUCUAACUGGAAAAAGAAAAGUUCAGUUAUGGCAAACAAAUUUUGACUUAUUCAUCCCUAUCCUCUUCCCCUGUACAGCUGCAAUCAGGUGUAUUGAUGUAAGCCUGCAGAAGCCUUUGAUGGAUCCCAGUGACUUUUCCAUAGAAUUCAGCCUUACUUUCUCUCUCUCAUCUUAAUGUUUACUGCAGCAGAGUUAUCCCAGUUGUAUACCAAGUCUUUGACAGUUCUCUGUGGUAUUUAAAUCCACAUGCUAAAAGCAGAUCUUUCUUUCUAGUAUCAUUAAAUACCACAGUUAUUUAAUGGGAGUAACUAGGAUAUGUCUGGAGACUGAAGAUCCUGUUUCAGUGAAGGCUGGUACUGAUGCCUACACUAAGGACUCUUGCUCCAGCAUGUUUGAGGGUGUGUUGUCUUUAUUUUCAUUGCUUUAUUUUUAGAAAUAGUUCUCCUUUUGUUCCAUGGAAUUCUUCAGGAAGAAGACAACUUUAAGUAUCAAUUUCCCUUGGAAAAAAUCCAACUAGUAAUAUGAUAGUAAACCUUUAUAUUUAUUGUAUUUUUACAGUUGCAGGCUAUAGAUCUGCAAAGAGCUGGUCUUGAUCUUUUCCUAGAUUCAGCAUUUGGCUGAUUUGUCCAAGUGUGUCAGUGGAUUGUGUGCCUUGGAGAAGGCUGGAAGUCCAGGAGCAGGUGUGUAUCUCCAUGCACAGGUAUAUUUGCACACAUGGAUACCUGCACAGAAGGGCUGGGACAUUUGUUUUUAUACAUUAACGGCAGAUUUGGUGCAAAUUGCCACUCACUAUCAUAUUUGUGGGAAUCUCUUUUUGUUACAUCUUGUUUAUUUUAAAUAAAGAAUGAAGGAUGGAAAAAAGGCCCAAAAUGCCUACAUGACUAAACAUUUUGAUUUUAUACUAAAACAGUUUAUACAUGAUCGGCCCCUUUUGAUUUGUUUUUGAAUAUAUAAUAUUUUUAAAAUAUAAUUUGUUCUUCUUUUUUUUACUUUCUAUUUCUUAGGUAUAAACCACUUGUUGAUUUAGCACAGUGUGCUGCUUUGUGCAGUAGGUAGUUACAAGCUGAAAUAGAUAUGAAUGAAACAGUUUGUUAUAAAAAUGGCAAGAUAAAGAGACUUAUUUGGUAGUGUAUUAGCAUAUGUUGUGGUGAGGUGUGCGUACUUUGAAGGCAGGAGGCAUUAAAAUGUUUUCCUGUUGCCAAAGAAGCAUUUGUUCCCUCUGCAGGCUUCCUGGCAUCUCUUCAAUAAAUAGAGUAUCUUAAGAGCUUAAAAGAGUACCAAAAAGGCAGUUUUGAGGGUGGAAUUUUUAGGUUGUGCAUGUAACUUGUAAAAAUCUUUCCUGGUUUUAUUGGGUUGGUUUUAGAGAGUUGAAGUAGCAUUAAGAAAUGUAGAACUUAAUCAUUCAGGAAUGCAAGUAUCAUCUACUGCUUAAGAAUUGUGAAACUUUCUAAAAUAAAUCCAUUUAUUGAAUCUGCUUUGCAGUAGGGGAAAGAGCCAUCUCCAAGCAGCCUUGGUGCUUUUGGAUUUCUGUCUGUGUCGUUUCCCAGGUUUGUUUCCAUGCUGGAAUCCCAGCAGGCCCAGCCACCCCACAGGGUUCACUGCUGAGGCAGCAAAAUCCACCUUCAGCUUUAUCCUUUUCCUUCAGUACCUCAGAGCUGAGAUGUAACCUGCCUGUGUACAAUUAUAUCUGUAUCAGAAAUGUGCAAGUGUAGGACAGAAUCCACUUUUGUAAAAACAGAUGCUAAAAGCUAUGGUAGUGUUACAGAUGUUAAUUUUUAUACAAUACUCUGAUCGGGAUUUUUCAGUAUUAAUUUUUACUGUGGCUUCCUCUGUCUUUGAAGGAGAUGUUUUCUUGGAAGUUUUUGUCCUCUUUUUAUAGCAAGUUGUAGACUUGAAAUCACAGUUUAUAUCUGAAUUCAGUCUGUAAAUACUAUUUUGGAGUUAAAUCUGGCUGUGAUCACCUAAAAGACAUCAGCAUUUGUUUUAUUAGGAGUCAAGAAGAGUGAAGCUUGAUUUUAUUAUUAUAACUAUUUAUUUUUUUUUCUUCUUCCCAUAAUCUAAUUAUUUCUUAUUGAGUCUGCAUCAGUCUCUUUAUUAUUGUCUCCAAGUGCAGUUCAGAAGAAACUUAGCCUGUUCUAUAAGCAGGAUGAAUCUUAACUAACACUUUAAUAGAUGAUAUUUCAAGAAUGGAAUGUUCAAUAAAUAAAUGACUUAAACAUGCAAUUGAAGCUGAAAUGUCAUACCCUAUUUUUAUAAAACAAAGAAGGGGAAAGCCAAUAUAUAGACUGAGAAUGCAGCUUAAGUUCAUGUUUGAUGUUUUGGGGUUUUUUUGUAUGAACAGUGUUUGUAUUCAUCUGUAUCUUUGGGUGAUAUUCUUCUAGAUUAAAAUAACUCCAUUCUCACUUGUCCAAAUUUUUCUAAAGUUGUUCUGCUGUAAGAGUAUUUCAUAACCAGCAAGCAUGAGAGCCAGCUAUGCAAAUUGCAGAGAGGGAUUUUGUUGCUGAUUGAACUGUGCAUCACUGGUUUUUCAAGAUGCCCCAGUGCUUGGACUUCUCUGUAGUUGGUUUGUUUCUGGGUAAUUUUUGAUUUCUUGCUCUGGUUUGUCAGGUUAGCUCCUACCUAGGUAAUUUUUUCUGUGUACUGCAAAACAUCAGGUGCCAGAUGUUGAAAACAAUUGCCAUCUAAAAAGGUUUUUUGUUAACAGUAGAUCUUAAUUCUUCACUUAGGGUGGAAGCAGGAAAAGUUUUUUGAUUUCUUUUUUCUCAAGGCAUUACAAAGAGAAAGGUGCAGGAGAGGGAUGAGAUAAAAUAAGUCUUUAACCCAUUGAUACUGCUAUAAAAUUUUUCUAAGUAAAGAUUAACUGCAAUUAUAAUUAGGGAUCACAGCCAUAACUUUUGUUUAAGUUGUGAUAGUAAGCACCAUGUUAAUAAAAUUCCAACCCUAUAUAGAGGUAGCUUUUGGUUCUGCCAUGAAGGAAAUGGAGGAAUCUCUGGCUUUGUUUAAAAAUCCUUUUGAGGGCUUUUGCCAUGGACACUGUUACAUUCAGAGCACAUUUCCUGGGAACCUUCCUCAUCAUCUCUCAGAGGAUCAGAAAUGCCCUUUCCUGUGCAAAGAGCAAGGUCUAAUAUAAAGAAAUGUGUAUUUUUCUGUUUUGAUGCUUCUCCUGGGCUCUUACCACGGUUCAUUACAAACCUUCUAUUUACUUGGUUGUGGUGAGGUUGAGAUGUUGCUCUGAGCAGAGCAGUGCUGUUUAUUGCCAAGUUGGCUUCAAUUCCUGCAGAUUGAAUUCUGCUGAAUCCCUUUUUCUGGCAUUGAGGGGAGCACAGGACUGUUCUAACACCCGUGUGGGAGCAGCGUGUCAGGUUCUACUGCCAGCCCAGCCCAGCUGAAGCCUGCAGUGACAAACCUGUCACUAGAGAGGACAACUGGCUUUUCAGGGCCACUUUGGCCCACCACAAUACCACUGAUAACAGAAGAAUUUUUGCCCUGAUGUCAGUGGAUGAUGGGUCAAGUUCUAGUUGAUGAGAGGGAGGAAUGUGUGUUGCCAUCUUUGUAUUUCUUGCAAAAACUGGGACGACACCAGAAUCCAUGGCUGCUGCUCUGUCUGCAGCUGCACUUCCAUAAUUCCAAGAUGUGACUAUCUUUGCCUCUUACCUCCCUCUUAAUACUACUCAUGUUGUUGCAAAAUGUUAUGGUUAACUUGUGAUAGAAGAGGCUGAAUAAAUUGAAUCCAGAGUUUUUAUUACUUUUUUGUAUUACAGAUCUAUUUUGUAGGAGACCGAAGGUCUGGUGGAAAGAAAUGGCAAUGUUCAUGUGAAGUCUUCAUUGCUUUUGCUUUUAUGUGCCCUUUUUUGGAUUAUAACUUGAACUCUGUUUGCAACUGAGUUCAUUCUGUGUCUGUGGAAAGCACAUGUGCAUUGCUUUCUUGCUCUGUAUUAACCAAAUGUCACUUAGUGUGAAGGUGAGCUUGCUAGAUGGUUUAUUUAAAGUUAGUGGUGCGAAUUAUUGUAUGUGCUUGUUAAUAAACUAUAUUUUUGGAUAGAAUUACCAUUCAUUAAAAUUAACUAAAUUCUUGCUCCUGGGACUAUUAAGCUAUGUUAGAAUGUAGCAUUUAAUUUACAUUUCAGUUCAUUUGCAUGGUAAUUAGCUAAUAAGUCUCUUGUCCCAAGGCUGAAGAGGUGGGGUGAAGACACUUAAAACACUCCCAAGCCCAAAACACCACUUCAAUUCAUUUAAUCCCUUUGUCUCAGACAAUGUAGUUCAUCAGAUCUUGCAUAAUAGGAACAAAACCCAUAUGGAAAUGUUACUUCAGACCCUUCCACGGAUUGAUCAAAAGGAAAAUAAGUUUCUGUAGGGCUGUACUGCCACCCUGACAGUCCAGAGAUGAGGCUGUGGUUCAUGGAUUCCUUAGUAAGCAGCAUUCAGCAGCUUUUUUUCCUCAUUUAACAGAUAUCAUGGGAACAAGGCUGCCAAAAAUAAGUAGAAAUUAAGCAUCUGUUUUUCCAGUUGUUUCACUCCUUGCUAUGCAGCAUUUUGCUUCAGUCAAAGCUGCUGCUCUCCAUGUUGUGAUGAGUUCUUUGAGCUGGAUGCUGCCUGGAUUUCUGUGAGUGUGUUGGGUGAAUACUCAAUAUCUGUUCUCCAUUGAGACCUGUGGUGGCCAAGGUCACUCAGAUCAGUUGGAAACCUUGCAGUUUCAGGUGCUGUCCAGACUUCCCUGAAGCCUGUUUGGUCGUUAGUUUACAAUUAUUUGCCUUUUUUGUAUUUUACAAAUGACAAGGUAACUUUUCCUGCCCUUGCAAUGGAGGUAACCUCUGUUUGCCUGGCAGCAGGAGGAGGAUGUGAGUCCCUUAAUAAAUGGGAGAACAACCCUUAACCUAUAACUUUUACCAGCCACUGAUGUGUCCCUUAUGAAUUAGAAAGAAAGAAAGGGGAGAGCUUAACAUCCUUUUCCUUUGCAAUUAAAAGUACUUGGCAUAAAUGCAAGCUAAGUGGAAACUUCAGUGAGUGAAUAAUGCUAUUGUAUGCAGGAAAUGAGAGGAGCUGAGAUCUCACUUGGAAAGGCACUGGAUGUUUUGUGACUUCUAAGCCAAGAUUUAGGGCUGUUCUGUGUGGUGACAUUUUGAAAACUUGAAUGCCAGGUUGAACCCACUGUAUCUGUGUCCCCCAACUUCAGCAACAAUUUAAUGUUGCAGUAGAACCCUCUCUGUCCUGCACUGAAGAACCCCACCAAUCGUCCCUCUAGCUGGCUCAGGACUAUCAGAUUUCUGUCUGCUGCUUCAGCAAGAAAGAAAGCAGGAGUUGACCAUAUGCUUUUUUUAUCUUUUCACAUUUUAAAUAAUAAACCCCUCACGUCAGGCUCUUUCAGCACCCAUUGUGCCCUUCAGGCACCUCCUGCUCCCAAAGACCUUGACACAUCUGUGAGAGAUCUUGAGUCUCAAGAACAGUUCUGUUGUUGGAGGUGCUGAAGUGAUUUGCCUUUCUGAUGAUGCCUUCCAAGUGGCAAUCAAGGGCUAAUUUCUCAAGUACCCUGAUGCUCUUUUGUAUGUUCAUGAGGAAUGUAAAUAUUGACUGGCUCUUUCUGCCAGAGAGAGCUGCCACUCGUGGAGCCCUGUCCUGGUGCUAAAUAUGACCACAGCCACGUGCUGAGGACUGGCCAUGAAAUCACAGAGUGUGCUGAGCUGGGAGGGACCCAUAGCAUCAUCCAAAUCCUGGCCCUGCCACAGGACACCCCAAGGUGUUCUGCUGUCAUUUGCUGUGAACCUCACCAAGUUAUUAGGAGGGUUAAUCUUUUUUCUCAAGAUCAGUUGAGAAAGCUCUCUUGUAAUGAAAAAUGCAAUACUGUGUUUGUUUAUUGAUCAGCACUAUGAAUGUUCUCUAAGUGCACUAUUAUAACAGCAAAUCAAGCUAUUUGAUUAAGAAAGCAAAAAAAUGCAUUGUUAAAUCCCAUUUUGGUGCACAUAGGGUCCACUGGGAACACUAACAUUUUGUUUAGGAAUGAGAAAGAGAGCUCAUAAUUCAUCACAAAAUGCAGGUACGGUCUAAAGAUGCUGACGGCAUUGCCCAGAUCUUGUGAAAAAAUAAAUUUAAGAAGACGACCAGUGUUCCUUCUAGGGGUAAAUAUCAACUAAUUGUAUCAAAUAUGCCCCAUUUUGGUUUUUUUUGUGUUUUGAAUUCCUAAAAUUUGGCACUUGUAGCUAUCAUUUAAAUCUUACUAGGUUUCCUGUGUACUACAGAGGUCUAACCAUUGACUUUUAUUGUUCAAGCCAUUAGAAGAAUCAAGCUGAAUAUUGUUGGGUCAGUUUGUGAUAACUGUGAUUGCUUUGCUGGCGCUGAAGUUCCAAAGCAGUCUGAGCAUGGCCUUGAAUUUGGCUGCCUUUGAUUUUGCUGUGUCUCUGUUGGCUCUCCAGUUUCAUUUUGCAAAAAGCUGAAUCAAUGGAGAUGAUACAUGAAGAGAAGAAUUACCAAGAGAAACAGCUUUAACUUUCUUCAGAAAGCCUGGCUUGGAAUAGGGCUGGCAAGGUCUCCUAUAUGAAUUCCAGGUAAAUGCUCCUUUUAAAGCAGGAUAAAAAACAGUGGGUUGUAGGCAGUAGAGAACCCCGUGUCUAAAAGUACCAAGAUUAAUUAUUCUCUAUAUUCACACCUUGCUGUUCUAUAUCUUUGUUUCUAUAAAAACUGAGUAACUGCCCAAUAGGGAGUUUAGUUGUAUCUUACAUCUUUGUAGAAUUAAGAUUGAUUUUAUACUUCUGACACACUCAUUACUCUUCACAGUGUAAUGCCUCUUCUGUUUCUCUGCCUGUAUAGUUGUAAAUAAUAGCCCUUGUUUCCUCCCUCAGUCCUCACCCCUGACCAGAAAAUGUUGUUCUGCUUUCUGGUUGGAAAACAGACCCUGUUAUGACCAAUAUUGGAGCAGUUUGUUACCUGCACAGUGACACAGGUUUGUGCUCCACCAGAGACACCACCUAAUCGCAUUUCUGCACAAUGACCUGGAUCACAAAUACAUGUUCUGUUCUGGCUGCAGAUGAACUGAGGGAUAUCUAACUUGAAUUAAUGAAUUAAUGUAUAUUAAAUCAGUAUUUUGUAUCAGGUUUUUAGAUCUAGCAGUAUCUAAUCCUGGCCCUUAAGCCUCCAUGAUGAAACGUGGGGGCUCGAAUUUCUCCAGUAGCUCGGUCUAGACUGUAGCCAAACUUCUGUCUGAUCCCUAUAAAGAUACUUUGGAGAAGGUUUGAAUUGAAAACCUCUAUUUAAUUAUCUCCUUUUUCCCUCCUCCCUCCAGGAGGCUCAGAUGGUGCAGGAACUGAUACCUGCUAGCUAGAAAUGUCUUUCCAGGUCAGUGUUGUGCCUGCUGUGCUCCCGCCGCGCCGGUGUCGCGCUGGCUGCCCGCCCUGCCCAGCUCCUGCUCGCUGGCCCCGAGCUGCCAAGAUGGAAAAUAUUGAUUCCAGUCCAUCUCAUUGAAGUAUUAUCAUGAGGUGUUCACAGACAUGCUGGGACUGGUCUUUUACUUACAGGAACAUUUAUCCAGGGGGAUCUGGUGUGUUAUGUAGCAAGGAACUGCAAGAGGCAGAAUGAAUUUACUGUUUUCACUUACAGUCAGUAGCCUGAGACCUUACUGUGGCUUUAGCUAUUCUUGAUUAAUUUCAUAUGUGGAUGCUCCUAUUCCAGAAUAAAAGUGCCUUGUUACGAAAGAAUUUAAUUCCUUUAAUUUCAUUUGGGAAUAAACAUAUCCACACACCUGGUAUUUAAAUCUGAGAGAACUAUUUCUUUAUAAAUUUACACCCUGUUCUGUUUUGGAUCAGACCUUGUGUGUAGCUAAAUCCUUCUAUUUAUUUAACAAGAUCUGAUUUAUUGCUCAAAAUUCUUUCUUUUGGGAAGUACCUGGUUGGAAAAUAAAAAUUCUACUUGCAAGGAUAAGACUGGGUGGAGAGGGGGCAAAUGAAAAAUUGUGAAAACAACUGGUUUGGAAGCACUGCAUUGGAAAACAUUGUUACAUGUCAGGUCUUAUUCUGCUGUUUUAUUCUGAAACAUCUGGCUUUUGACACUUAAAAAAAACCUAUUUUGAUGUUUUUCAAAUUGAGAAAUACAGCUUUGAAACAUGGCAUGGAAUAUUUAUGUUUCCUGCCAUGAAAAUGUC